CGACGAACGUCACAACGGCUUUUGGGGAGACGAACCGGCGCACCUUGAUAACUGGAACAACCACCUAUCACUUGAAGUCGAUCGUGAGUCCUGCGAGAUACAAGGGGCGUGUGACGCGUCCCGAGAUGGCCAGAGGAAAGAUCGACUUCAAAAUUGUCGU